AUGCUGAAUUUAGAAGCUCCUGUAGUAAAUUUAGAGGCUCCUUUACUGAAUUUAGAGGCUUCUGUAUUGAAUUUAGAGGCUGCUAUACUGAAUUUAGAGGCUCCUGUACUGAAUUUAGAGGCUCCUGUACUGAAUUUAGAGGCUCCUGUACUGAAUUUAGAGGCUCCUGUAUUGAAUUUAGAGGCUCCUGUAUUGAAUUUAGAGGCUCCUGUAUUGAAUUUAGAGGCUCCUGAUACUGUAGUGAAUUUAGAGGCUCCUGUAGUGAAAUUAGAGACUCCUGCUCCUGUACUGAAUUUAGAGGCUCCUGUAUUGAACUUAGAGGCUCCUGUACUGAAUUUAGAGGCUCCUGUACUGAAUUUAGAGGCUCCUGUAUUGAAUUUAGAGGCUCCUGUACUGAAAAAAAAAAAAAAAAAAAAAAAA